CUGUAUUUGAAGGGGCGACUGUAACUGGGCGACUUUGCCGAGGGCGACUCUGUCGUUUGGCGACACAGGUAGUGCACGUGAGGGGCCAGGUCGAGUUGUCUGUUUACCGAUUGCAACACGUGUGAUCGAGUUUGUUAUGUGUUGAUCCUGAUCGUUGAAACAAGCACCUAUGACCUCUUGAAGUCAACAAUGGAGAAAAAAAAAUUACCAGCGAGCAGUGCUGUUAACCACCCAUCAAAGAAGAAACUAAAAGUAGACUCCACAAAAGCUCCAAUGUCUCAAUCGAAACCUAACUCAUCCAAAGAAAAGUCACUGAAUAAGUCCAGCAAAAAGCAGAAACCAAACUCCAAAGAAAAUGUCUGGUGGUUUACUCAAAAGGCGAAAAAACAAGAGAAGAAAAAUGCUGGCACAACAGAAACGAGCAAGACUGUAACCAAUGCAAAUGCAUCCCAAAAAAGUAGCAAAACUGAAUUGAAGGCAAUUAAGAAGAAAGCUCUACAAGUGAAGAAGAAACGACAACGGAAAAACAGGUUACUGAAGAAGAAACUGAAGUCAGGUGGGAACACAGAGGAUGUGAUGUUCAAGGAUUCAGUUGAUUCUGAAUUACCGACCAGUGUGAGUCUUCAGAAGAGUGGUAGAUCGAAACAAAAAAGAAAGAAAGCAAAGAAGUUCAAGGGUGUUAAAACAGCUAAAGAUGGUGGCCAAAUAGCCCCCAGACUGAAGGAGGCCCAAGUGAAUGGUGAGAGCACAGAGGAGGACAGUACUAAAAACGAAAAGGACUCCAGUAAGGGGGGUCCAGUUGAGGCUAAGCCUGCUAGUACCAAGGCUCCAGACAAAGUUAAUAAAGGAGAAGUGUCAUCCAACUGGAAGGCUUUGUUGCCAAUGGUUGAAAAGUCGAGGAAUGAGCGCCAGAUAUACAAGAAAAAAACCAAGAGUGGCGGAGAGAUCAAGGAAUAUCAGCAUAGUAACCCAGACAUCUGGUUUGAUGACGUCGACCCUUCACUGAUCAGAGCCAAUGAGAAUGAAGGAGCAGACAUUGAUGAGGAUGACGUCCAAUCAGAGACGGGCCACAAUCCACUGCUGAGAAAGGAUGCAAAGGAUGGUGCGACUAAGUGCCUCGCCAUUGAUUGUGAGAUGGUGGGCACCGGUCCCAAAGGAUGUAAGAGUAUAUUGGCUCGAGUUUCCAUCGUCAAUCAGUAUGGUUUCUGUGUAUGCGAUAAGUACAUCACCCCACAGGAACCAGUGACAGACUACAGGACGUUUGUGAGCGGUAUCCGGCCACAGGACCUCAAAACAAAGGGGGAAAGUUUUGAGGUGGUCCAGAAGGAGGUGGCGGAUCUGCUGAAGGGGCGAAUUGUCGUUGGGCAUGCACUCUCAAAUGAUUUCAAGGUCUUGUACUUCAACCAGCCCCGACGUCUUGUCAGAGAUACAUCCACUUAUCAACCGUUCAAAGAUCUAUUCAAGAGUAAAAGACCAGGUUUGAAGAAGCUGACAGAGCUGGUUUUAAAGGUGAAAGUACAGAAAGGUGAACAUAACUCGGUGGAGGACGCACAGGCUGCGAUGAAGCUGUACAUGCUGCAUAGAAAACAGUGGGAGAAAUCAAUCCGAGAGAAGAAAAUCUCAUCUACAGGUGUUUCAUCCAAUAAAACCCACAAGUUAGGCAAGACGACUCCUAUAUAGUAUACAAAUAUUUUACAUAUGAUUGCUUGUCGCAGAAGACGAGUACAAAUAAGGUGAAACUCAGACUAUUCAGACGCCGAGUAAAUAGAAAAGGAAGAUUUCACUGAGUGAAAUGCAUACAAUGUUUGUUUUCUAUAAAUCGUACAGCAUUAUAUAGUUAUGCAAAUUGGACUCGAAUAUCAAACAGUGGAGUGCUACAACAGUAAAUAAAUGACAAGGAUCUGUGUUCUUGGUUUAGUAGUAGCGUUUACUCACACUCUGUGGAUAUCGCAAAGUGGUUACCAGGCCUCAAAUUUCAUCUUUGAAAGGGCAAGGCCAUUUUCAUUUUGCAUAGGGCAGUUCCAUUGUCAAAUCUGAAAGUCUAUGGGACACUUUUGAAGCGGCACCAAGGCCAAGACCAGGGGCAUCACAGGCCAUGAUUUCUGUGGCCUCUGUGUAAUUCCAGGCCUGGGUGACUACUUUUUAUGAUAAGAUAUGCAGAGCUACGUUUGAAUUAUGAGACAGUAUUCUCCCUUAACAAUGUUCCUCUGACCAUGUGCCAGUUAAAGACAGUGGACACUAUUGGUAGUCGGUAAUUGUCAAAGACCAGUCUUCUCACUUGCUGUAUCUCAACGU